AUGGAGUUGCUACGAAGAAUCUGUCGUUUUGCCCUGCUUUCCUUGCUACUUUUCAAUGGAGUCCAAGGCCAAGCCCAAGAAUAUGAACACUAUGAAGCAGACAAUCUCUACCAUGAUUACGCGAUGAGACAGCAAGAGAAAGAAGCUGCAGCAGUGGGUGGAGGUGGUUUUGGAUUACCAAAGAUGUUCGGAAUAUUUGGUGUUGGUUGGUUUAUUGGAGCUAAAUUCCACUCUGGCCGAGUGAAGAAGCAGCUCAGUGGCAAGCACAAGAGCGAUCAAAAGGCACUGUAUACUCAAUACUACAACGACGUUUACACACUGCAACAGCAAAACGCCGAGUUGGUGCAAGCACUAGAGCAAAUGGGUGUCAAAGUGAGGUCGUAG